AAUACGGCAACGGUGAAUCUGCUCUUUAACAAGGAAAUGUAUAUUCAAGAAAUGUUAUGUAAAACUGUGGACGUGGUGAAGAUUCAAGGUUAACGUAUAAGUGAAUGUCAAAGGGCUGGUUUUGACAGCAUUUCAUUUGGAUGAGCUGAAUUGGUGGACAGCAGCAGCCUCUUCUAUCUGCACUAUGGCUCAAACCAAAGAUUCAUCGAUGAAGUACAUCAGCCUGGUGACGCUGACCGUACAGAAUGCGCUGCUCGGCCUCUGCACCCGCUACGUUCGCACCCGGCCCGGCGACAUGUUCCUGUCCACCUCAGCCGUGCUGAUGGGCGAGUUGGUGAAGCUGGUCACGUGUCUGGCCAUCCUGCCGACCUCGGAGGGCUCGCUUUCGCGCGCCUGGCUGGCCAUCAAGACGCAGAUCCUCGACCAGAAGCUGGACACGCUCAAAGUGGGCGUGCCCAGUCUGAUCUACACCGUACAGAACAACCUGCUGUACGUGGCCGCCUCUAAUCUCGACGCCGCUACCUACCAGGUGACCUACCAGCUGAAGAUCCUGACGACGGCCGUGUUCUCUGUAACGAUCCUGCGCCGCUCACUGCGGCCGCUGCAGUGGUGCGCACUGCUCGUGCUGCUGGUGGGCGUGGCGCUGGUGCAGCUGGCGCAGGCCGAGCCGGCGCGGCCGACUGCCGACGCGCCCGCCCAGAGCCAGCUGCUCGGCUUCAGCUGCGCCCUCGCCGCCUGCGUGCUGUCCGGAUUCGCCGGCAUCUACUUCGAGAAGAUCCUGAAGGGCUCGGACGUGAGCGUCUGGAUCCGAAACGUGCAGCUGAGCGCGCUGUCGUUGCCGCUGGCGCUGGCCACCGGCCUGCUCAGCGACGGCGGCCGCAUCGCCGACAACGGCCUCCUGUUCGGCUUCGACUGGGUCGUGUGGUGCGUCAUUUUCCAGAACGCCAUGGGCGGCCUGCUGGUGGCCGUGGUGGUCAAGUACGCCGACAACAUCCUGAAGGGCUUCGCCACCUCGCUGGCCAUCAUCAUCUCGUGCAUCGUCUCCAUCUACCUAUUCGACUUCCAGCUGUCGGUCAUGUUCGUGGCGGGUACGGCCAUGGUGCUGUCAGCCGUGUUUAUGUACAGCUACCAGCCGCCGGUCGUCGCCGCCAUCCCGCUCAAGGCUGACGGUGGCGGGAGCGCGGUCAGAAAGGUCGCACCGUGACGCCAUGCACUCACUCGGGCCCCGGCAGACCCCAGACCGGACAGCCGGCUCCUGUCGCCGAACGCACUGCUUUGGCUCUUUUGGUGGAGGUCUUCUGUAUCCUGCACUAUCUCAUUAUGCACGCACGGGUCCACCUCGUAGUCGGAUGUACAAACGAACCGUAUACUUCAGCCAGGUCCUCUGCUGACUUCGGCAUCCAAAAGUGAGGAUUGUACUCAGUUAUACGGAUAUUUUCCACGCUCUUGGGUUAAAGAAUGAGUGAUAUUUUUGAUUGGAAACGAACUUAAAUAUGAAAUCAGUGUGGCUGGUUGAUUUGGUUGGAGUUGCAUGUCCAAGAAGUGUUGCAUACUGGUUUGAGAGCGCUUCCAUCGCUGGGUGCGGCAGCGUGUGGUGUGCCCGUGGCAUGUUCGACGCGGCGGGCCUCAGCUAGCUCCUCUGCUCAGCCCGUCGCUGCCGUCAGUGUCGGCUAACUCUGGGCGUUUGGGACACUCCUGGUGCGUUUGCAGGCGUAUGUGUUAUGGGCACACAGGGUCCAAAUCAGUAUGUGUCGUGGUCGGUUGGGGAGAGCUCGUCUUACCAGUCACGCGGUAAAUGCUCACUGUGGGUGACACCUAUGGUGAAUGAUCAUGUCUUUCUGUGUCAUCGUAGGCAUGUGGGCUAUUACUUGACGUGGGCGACUAUUUUGCCGUCCGUCAUAUUCGCUUAGUCUCCUUCCCUUUUGUUCUGCACGAAAGUGCGUUGUCUCCCCUUUUGUUUUAUUCCACGUCCGGCUCGUCCGUCGGCCAUGCUUCCAAAGGCUCCAAUUGUAAGCCGGGUUUGUCGGCUUACAGUUGGAGCAAUUGUAACGUGCCGGAAUGUGCCAAGCUUUUUACGUGUUGUGUGACUUACGUUGCUCCUAUCGCCACGUUCUGAGUUCCCUGUCGAUGGCUGACGCUGAUCUUCUGUCACCUGGGUUUCUAAAGACAUAAAGGCUGUUGUUCGAGUUUUGCACUUUAAGGUACGUCGCCUGGUCACCAUAGUGUUACCAAGCUCUUGGCGUAACGUUGCCAUGAUUCACAUUGAUUGUUCUCGGUCCCGCGGUAAUCGUUAUCCUCAACAGGCUUUGUGUUGGAAUGUGCUCGGAACCGAUUUCCUGGGAUUGUCAUGGGUCUUUCGCUUUAGCUGUGUGCAUAUCCGUCUCGUGCAUUUUGGGUGUUGUUUUCGAAACAAAGUAUUUUGCGUGGCAGAGUUGUCUUGAUCUCAGGAAAUAAUAAAGUGCUGGUGUCUUAACUUUUGGUUUUUCUUGCAUGCAACCUCGAGUGCAUAUAACCAGUCUGUUCUGUACAAAAUAGCAAUGUUGCCACUCGGUCUCGUUGGAAACAUGCUCGGGACGGGACUGUGCUGAAGGGCUGUUAUUGUAUCGUUAUAAUUGUUGAAAUGUUGCGUCUCGCUGAACGCUGAUAAACUCUCGCGCGAGGCAGGAGUCGGUGUGUGCACAUAGUUCAUUCCUGCCCCGCGCAACUGGUGUUGGUCUUGAUGACUGCCGAGAGGGCAGCGGUUGAGUCGUGCGUGGUUGGGGCUGUGGGGUGUCUGA